AUGAACGUGAUACAUAUCAUAGGAACUUGUAAUGGAUUGGUAUGUCUAUACAAUUACUUUUUUGAUGAUCCACUUUACAUAUACAAUCCUUUCACUAUUGAGUAUAUAGAGUUGCCAAGAUUGGAUGUAUCUCCAAAUUCAGUCUGCAGAGUGGUUUUCGGGUUUGGAUUCUGCCGAAAAGUAAAUGAAUAUAAAGUGGUAAAAAUACUUUACUACAAGCAAGCAAACAAUGAUUUUGUUGGUGGUGCACCAGAGGCUAUUGUGCUUAGUACUAAAACUCCUACAUGGAGAAAAAUUGGUAAAAUUAGUUAUGAUCUUACAGGUCCAACAUCAGAGGCAUUAGUGGAUGGAAAACUUCAUUGGCUGACAUUUGAUAUUGUGCAUGAAGAUGUGAAAUACAGAGAGAUUAUUUCGUUCGACUUAGAAACCGAUCAAUUCCAAGUUGUUCCGAGACCAAGUUGUGGAGGAUUGAAUCGGAUCAAUUAUCAUCUUUUGACAGUACGAGGUUGUCUUUCUGCAGUCGUUUCGUGUAACGGAGGAUCGAAUGAGAUAUGGGUGAUGAAGGAAUAUAAUGUGAGGACAUCUUGGAGAAAGGAGAUGAUCAUUACAAGUUAUGUGCCUCAAGGUUUGAGAUUGAACAUGGCUCCUCCGGCUCGAAGAAAGAAGAACGGUUAUUUAGGAAGGCGAUUUCGAGUUUUAUGUGUUUUGAAGAAUGGGGAAUUGUUGUUGCUGUAUCAGUGCAGAUGCAUUGUGUCCUACAAUCCAGAUACUGGAGAGUUCAAGGAUGUGAAUUUUCAGGGACUUCCACUUGAAUUCCUAGCAUUUGUUCAUGUAGGCAGCCUCAUUUCAACCAACAGAAUUAGUGGUGUGCAAAAUCCGAGCCAAGCCGAAUAA